GCGCAUGCUCAGCUACAGUACAGCCCAAACAGGAAGAAUAUACAACUGAAUCGAAUUCCAUUCAUUCGAGGAAUAACCUCUUGUAGAAAAUCACGGGAAAGAAGAUGUAUAUAAUAUAAUAUAUAUCAACUCACACACAUUGAUUUAAUUUCCAGAUACCUGGGAAACAUUCGAUGAGAAUGUCUGAUGGUAUUGGCAGCAGAGGCAUUGUAUCUUAAGACGAUGGUUUAAAGAAUAAAGGAACCUGUUAUACAAAGCAGAUGUAACUAUAUUCAUAUAAACCUGUGAUGGAAUUGCCAUGAAAUAUUUCCAGAGGACGAGGAUAUUUGUUAGAAAUACAAUAUAAAAAUAGAGAAAGGAAAAGACAUCCUAAGAAAGAGAGGAAGUUUAUGGGAAAUGUCUGGGGUUUGUGUUGCAUUGAAUGUGAAGAAAGAAAGCCAAGGGAGUGGUUUACCUGAUGAGAUGUCGAAAAAGAAGAAGGGCAAAACUUCAUAUCACUGUGAUAUUUGUACAAAGACAUUCCAGAAACAGUGUAUUCUAGCUAUUCACAAAAAAGGUCAUUCUGGAGAAAAGCCAUACCACUGUGAUAUAUGUGGUAGUUUAUUCUUGUUGAAACAUAACUUAACUGUACACAGACGUAUUCACACAGGAGAGAAACCUUACAGCUGUGAUAUCUGUGGUAAAUCUUCUGCACAAAGUGGUGACUUAAAAGCUCACAAACGCACUCAUACAGGAGAGAAACCAUAUCAUUGUGAUAUCUGUGGUAAAUCCUUUUCACAAGGCAACCAAGUUACCAAACACAAACGCAUUCAUACAGGGGAGAGGCCUUACGGCUGUGAUAUCUGUGGUAAAUCCUUCACUGGGAGUCAUGUGCUAAAAGCUCAUAAACGCAUUCAUACUGGAGAAAAACCUCAUCACUGUGAUAUCUGUGGUAAAUCAUUCGCUCGAAUUGAUCACUUAGCAACCCACAAACACAUUCAUACAGGAGAGAGGCCUUAUCAGUGUGAUAUCUGUGGCAAAUCAUUCUCUUAUAGAAGUACUUUCAUUUCUCACAAACGCAUUCACACAGGAGAGAAACCAUAUCAAUGUGAAAUCUGUGGUCAAUCAUUCUCUCAAAAAUCUGGCUCAGUUGUCCACAAACGUAUUCAUACAGGAGAGAAGCCAUAUCACUGUGACAGCUGUGGUAAAUCUUUCUCUCAUCCAAAUACCCUCACUACACACAAAUGUGGAGAAAAAGCAUAAAGCGAUUUCCAGUCGAUCAUAAAUCCUUUAAAAGUUAUUUCCAUGUGAUGUGUAACGUGCAACAGUUGAUCGGAAGCUCCUCUUCCAUCUGUGCUGUCUCUACAUAAACAAUUGCCAAUAAAUAAAUGUUGAUCGGUUGAAUUCUCUGGUCUAGGUUUACCAUGUACGGAGAGAGUGUUAAUGUACAAGGUGUGGGAAUGAUUGCACAUACUAGGGUUGGUGGCAGGCAAGGAGUAGAAGAAUGCUGCACAUAUUGAGAGAGGAUCAUAGAAACAGAGGACACUAGAUACGGGGGGGAGUUAUACCAACGGGAAAUUAUUUUUAUUUUAGGGUAAUAAAUACUUUUCUCUUGAAAA